CGCUGCAUGGACCCACGAAGCGGCAUGUGGCAAUUGCUCGGAAGCAAGCUAUUCUAGUAGAGAAGCCGCGCUAGCAAGCCGAGCUUUGACCUUGGACCUUGGUCGUUCUUCUUCAAAAUUUGUCAAGCAAUCUUUUGCGAAGGCGUCAAGUUCAUGCUUGGCUGCCAACAUAGAAUCUGACUUGUUGAAUCCGUCUUCUCACUCCCUUUCUCCAUUCAGAAAGGUUAACCCAGAAAGCAAUGGCGCCUCGCUCAGCCCUCCUUUGUCUUCUCCUUCUUGCUACUGCCACCACCACCCUCAGCAGACCUGACAUCACGCUGACGUCACACAUCAUCUCUCAGAGGAGACUGCUGCAAAAUGGGACGACCAGUUCUGCUCCUGGGCCAGCUGCAGCCCCGGCACCUGUUAACUUCGGCAAUGGCACUGCUGCCGUGCCGGUGUCUCCAGCCUCCAGUUUUGUUUACAACCCGAGCGGAACGUACCCCUAUGUCCCAGCAUUGUUCGUGUUUGGUGACUCUUUGGUAGACACCGGAAACAACGUUCUGUUGGGCUUGCCAUCUUACGUCGGCCUAGGGUAUCCAUACGGAGUUGGGCCAAGGGGCCGACUGAACGUGACCGGGCGCUUUUCCAAUGGUCCCCUCAUUGUUGACUAUCUGGCGGAGUUUAUGGGCCUCCCGUUUACGACCCCUAUCCUGCUGCCGGGGGGUAAUUUCUACUCGGGGGCCAACUUUGCAUCCGGUGGGAGUGGCGCGCUAAACUCGACGGGGACUCCUGGCAGAGUGUUACCGCUCUCUAACCAGACCCAGCUCUUCACCCAGCUCGUCCGCGACUCCAUAGCUUAUUGGCAGAACGCGUCAAACGCUAACGUCAUCACGCCCUUAUACCCCCGCCCCGAGACGUUUGGCGCGGCGCUCUAUACUUAUACCACUGGAUCGAACGACCUCCGAGGCUUCACUGGGAACGUAUCUGACUUCCCCGCUUAUGCACAGAGCAUCCUGACGUCUAUCGGGACUUCAAUCACGACCACGUACGCUUAUGGCGCCCGCAACUUUCUCGUAUUCAACGUCCCCCUAGUCGGCUGCGUCCCGGCGGUGCGCAAUCUCAGCGCGACAGGCGAGUGCUCGGCGGCCGUGGUCGCGGCCGCCCAGGGACUAAGCGCGGGUUUGGACACCCUGGUCGGGGCGCUCAGAGCGCAGCUCCCCAACUCGACGUUCGUGGUUUUUGACGCCUUGAACGCGACGACGGCGGCCAUAGCGUAUCCCGCCGCGUUUGGUCUUACGAAUGCCAACUCGUCGUGCUGCGGCGCGGGCGGUCCCGCCAACACGGCGAUCACGUGUGGCGCCCCCGGAUCGACCGUUUGCCCAAAUCCCGAACAGUAUUUAUUCUGGGACACUCUUCAUGCGACGACCAGUUUUUAUCAGCUGCUUGCGAGAGAGGCGUUCGGAGGCAACACUUUCAUCCGCCCGAGAAACUUGCUCGACACUUUUGUGCGGCCCAACCUGCUUGGGUGCGACGCUUAGGGUCUGAUCGAUGCGAUUUAGACCGUAUGGUUUUGACAAGGAAGAUUUAAGAGCGGGAUGGGUCUGGAUUUCGAUUGUAGUGCCGUUUUUGCGACGCGGAGUGCACGCAUAGGAAUAAUCGCAAGUGCAUGGUCAAGGUUGAGGUUAUGUAUAGUUAUGCUAGUGAGAAGGGCUCAGGCCGAAGUGUCAAUUAGACAGGAUAAUUCUCUACAGGAAGUAGAUCAAAGCGCGCCGAGCCUAGCAAGGACAGUGAUUAGAGAAAGCCUUGAAGAGCUGGGAAUCAGGCGCAGCGCAGACAAAGCUCAGCUACGUAUGCACGACGUAGUGACAGCUAAUAUUACUAAAGCUAGGCAACUGAGGCAGGACAGUUUUGUCGACAGAGUUACCGUGGCUCCGCUCGUUUUGGAUUUGUUCAAUGCGUCUUCGAUAGAAUGUUGAUAACAUCUGCGGAUCCUUGACUCCUUUCGGCGUUCAGUGUACCGUACACCGUCGACCAACAUCAAGGUUGCAUAUGUUCAAUUCGAUCGGACUCGGAUUAUUGCUUCGAUCUUCCAAAUUAAGUUC